GACUGAGAAUAUAUAUCUAAUGUUAAUGUUUCAUUGUGUGUGUGCGUGUGUGUGUAAAUAUACGACAUAUUAUGCCAGGAGAACUGAAAAAAAUAUCUGGAUUUACUUCUCGAAAUAACUGAGAAACUCCACCAAACCAAGGAGGAAUAAAAACUGAUCAUGAACAUAGUUAAACGGGGCGUGUCCAUUCGGGAGAUGGGGCGGGGCUGGCAAUGAUUUACAUCUUUUUCGAACUACAUGUACAUACAUAUACAUGAUUUUUGUGUAGCACGUUUCGGUAAUUAUUCUAAAUACCUGCAUACAGUUUUGAGGGAACGUUGGAUCUCGGAUUUUCCGUUAGCACCUGAACAUGACAAUUUCUCCUUCAGAACUAGUUUAUUGAAAUUAAAAUGUGAGUGCUACAGUGGGACGACAGUUUCCAAUUUAUAGCUCGAUAUUGCUAGUGCUGACGGUAAAAUGUACGCACUAGGCCAUCCAUUUACAAAGAUGAAGGGACGAACUUGCCGAUGAUGAUGGGCGGAGCCUAGAACGAGUGGGAGGUGACAUAACACAAAAAAAUAUCAGUGUGUGAAUUUUCCACCAACCACUUUGGAAGGUUCAUCAGAAAUGUGUCGCUUAGAAGUAUUUAAAAUUGGUUUUCAAUAAUCUGAACUCGGUUAGAGGCGGGGCCACAAUCCCCGAAUAUAAUCGCCGCAACAUGAUAUUCAACCCGUCCCGCCCUAUUUUCUUCAGAGCAUGACGUGUAUUCGUUAAUUUGUUGAAAAGGAUUAAUCAAAAGUGGGCAAGGAAUCUGUAAAAACUUUGCUUUAUCUGUGAUGAUUAAGUUAUAACUAAGGGCCGCAAAAGCCACAUUUGGUGGGUUUUUUUUUGGGGGGGGGGGGUCAAGGUAGUCAGAUUUUCCCAAGUCUGAACCUUUAUAAGACCCCAGUCUCAAUCGGAUGUUAAGACAUCAUCAAACCAGCUCUGAAGGUGUAUAUCGGAGGCUUUGGAGAAAAAGAAUUGUCCAUACAUUGAUUACUAAGGGGAAUGGAAGGGUAUCAUUAUCACAACUGCCCUUCCUUCUGUUGAAAUAUAUAUUAAACCAAUCUCAGUUCAGGCAUUUUCCCUUCAAAAUGGGAAACUUUUUGUCGUACUGAUGGACAAUGCAUGUAUGCGUGAUACAAAUUCAAGAGUUAAUAGUACACACACAAAAACAAGUGAAAAACAGGAGAAAAAAACUGUGUAUACUUUUCACUCGCAGUCGACUGGUCUCGACUUUCGGGUAAAUAGAGUGAAGUUUCGCUCUGAUAAUGAGAAGUAUACUCGGAUAGAUCGGAAGUGGGUGGUGGCCAUUAUCAACCUGGAUCAGCUAAAGUCAACCUUAUCUGAAAUGUUGAUGGUAGGGAAUCGUGCAGUAUAAUGUUCAUCAUCUUCACGUUUUCUCAUUCGGGAGAGAAAUUUCGCCGAGUGAGGACAGCUUCAACAUCGUCUGAUUUCGUCUAUUUUACUUGCAUUGAGCGUAAAGCAGGGACUUAUCAAAGAUGUCAGUUUCCAUGGUAACCCAUCACCAGACCCUCUUCGAGUUGUCCCCUACGGACCUCCGCUCAAUCCACAUCUUCCUGGUCGUCUUCGCGCUGUGCACGCUUUUUGUCCGCCGUGUUGCAAGCGGACAGUGGACUGGGCGUGCGAGGGGAUCUCUCCCGCCUGGUCCUGUUGGCUGGCCGCUGGUGGGCUAUGCACCUUACCUCGGAAAAUACCCUCACAAGGUAAUGGCAAAUCUUAGCCAGACUUACGGGGAUGUAUUCAGCCUAGCCAUCGGACCGCGAACAGUCAUCGUAGUGAACGGUGUCAGCGCGGUCAAGGAAGCAUUGGUGACACACGGCCAGGAUACUUCGGGCCGUACACCGCCCGCUAGAGCCGUUACCGUCAAUACAUCACUCGGUUACUUCUGGUCGUCUGGCGAUCUGUGGCGCGCCCAGCGGAAAUUCGGUCAGGGCGUUCUUCGACACUUGGGCGGGCCGGGCCGGCAGGGCUUGCAGGGCGUGAUCCGCCGCGAGGCCGCUGUCUUGUGCGCUGAGCUCGCCCGACGAUGCCAUCCCAGCGCCCCGCUAGACACCACCACCCUGGUCGAUAAGGCCGUGGCUAACAUCAUGUGCUCUCUGGUGUUUGGCAAACGGUUCCAAAACGAUGAUGAAGAGUUUCAGCGGAUGAUGGAGCUAUCUUUUGACAUCCAGAAGGGAGGUUUCUCGGCCGUGGAGAACUUCUUGCCCUUUCUGUACAAGCUGCCGUUCCUGUUCCGACAUGCCAAGGGAAAGAAGCGGGAGAUUUUGAAUUUCAUUCGUGACAUGCUCUACCGUGACCGCGAUGCGGUCGACCAGGCACGUGCGCAAAGCAUGGCGGAUCUCUACUUCAUCGAAUUGGACCGACAAAAGAAAGAUGCUCAUCCUUCGCCAGACAUUCGCUUCACCGAGGACAAUAUCGUCUCGGCCGCUUGGGAUAUGUUCAUCGCGGGCGUGGAGACCACAGCAGUCACGCUGGCAUGGGCACUGCUGUAUCUAAUGCUGCACACCGACACACAGGAACAUAUACAAAGUGAAAUCGACAAGGUGGGCGGAGGGGAGCCCCCCUCCUGGUCCGAUCAGAAGGACAUGCCAUUCACGAGGGCUGCCAUAAUGGAGAUACAACGGUGUGCAAACAUAGUGCCAAUAGCCCUGCCACACACAGUGACGGAGGAGUUUCAGCUCAGGGGCCACACCAUACCAAAAGGUUCAGUUCUCUUCAUCAAUCUGUGGUCUGUCAUGAGCGAUCCUGCAGAGUGGGACCAGCCUCAGGAAUUCCGACCAGAGAGAUUCCUAGACAGCGACCUCAAGAUUGUCAAACCGGAAGCAUUUAUGCCUUUCUCUGCAGGUCCGCGAGUUUGCAUGGGGGAGCAACUUGCCAAGAUGGAACUCUUCAUCCUGAUCACCAGCGUACUCCAUCAAUUCAACUUGACCCUUCCUAAGGAUGAGCCACGCCCCUGUCUGGACCCCCUGCCUGGCAUCACCUGUGGGCCACGCCCAUAUCGGGUGUGUGUGACCAGGAGAGGGGCGUGUCCAUCUAACCAGGACAGGAUGGAGGAGCUGUGAAAUUAACAUGGUCUAAGUUGGAACACUUUCU